ACGGGAAUGUGCCUUGCCUACUUUCCACGGUAUUUUUACAAUUCCACAUCUAAGGAGUGUGAAUUUUUUGUUUUUGGAGGAUGUGGUGGCAAUGAAAACAGGUUUGAUAACAUCACGGCAUGCCAAACUGAAUGCCAAGUAGGGUACACGUCGGGACCGUGCCUUGCCUACUUUCCUCGGUAUUUUUACAACUCCAUAUCUGGGGAGUGUGAACAGUUUAUUUAUGGAGGAUGUGGCGGCAACAAAAACAGGUUUGAAACCACCACGGCUUGCCAAAUUGCUUGCCAAGGAGGGUACAAGGCCUAA